AUGACAAUUCUCAGAAGAUUCUUUGUAGAGAAUAUACCUUUGAUGCUAAGAGGUAGUGUAAGAUUGGAUGGUAGUCAACAUUUGCAUUUAAAGAAGAGUCUGAGAUUGAAAGAAGGCCAGGAGGUGGAGUUGUUCGAUGGCAAUCAAUCGGUGAUCGCUGUGAUCGAUUCGAUCGGAAAGAAUCACUCUGAUCUGAUCAUCAGUAAAAUCAAUGAGAGUACUAGCAGCGCUGACAACCAACAUACAUUCGACAGCAGAAUAGACAUUGCAUCGUCACUUCCGAAGGCAUCGCGUGGUGACUGGAUGGUAGAGAAACUAACCGAACUCGAUGUUCGAUCACUCUACCUCAUAGAGACCGACUAUUCUAAAUCCUCAAAAUCAUCUAACAUCACCGACAACAAAUUCGAUCGAUACCAAAGAAUUAUUAUAGAAGCUGCAAAACAAUCAAAAAUAGUAAAAGAUAAUCUUUGGACACAUAUUAUAGUUGGACAUCCAACAGGUCAACCAUUACCACAACUAAUAGAGAAGUUCAAAACAGACUAUAUUAAAAACAACAACGACAACAACAACAACAAUAGUGUUGAAUCGUUGUCAAUACCAAAGGUAUCACCUAGAUUGUUGGUGAUGGUCGGAUCAGAAGGUGGUUUCACAGAGAAUGAAAUCAAUAAACUUUCAAAGCUAUCAAAUGUUUAUCCAACUAAUUUUGGUAAUUCAAUUCUUAGGAUGGAAACAUUUUCAUUAUUAUCAGCAGGUAUAUUCAAUCAAUUUUAUAGUUAUAUGUUUCCACCACCACCUUUGAAACCAGCCCAACAACCAUCAAGUAAAUAA